AUGAAAACCGUUAGCGAAUCGUAUGCUCGAGUGCGAAAGCACAAAAUGAAAAUCGGCAUUGAUGGUGAAACGAUUGAGAUACGAGAAAACACGACGAACACAGCGAUCACCUCGUGGAAGCUCUUGUUCUUCUCCAUUUUCCUACCACAGGGUUAUCCCCACAGUGUCACCGGUGACUAUUUGGAGUAUCAAAUGUGGGACACAAUUCAAGCAUUUGCUAGCUCAAUCACUGGAGCUUUAGCCACCGAGGCCAUUUUGAAAGGAGCCGGUGUUGGGAAUGAG